AUGGCUCUCUCCCUGGCUGUCGGAGCUGCUCGUCGCCAGCUCCAAAUCACAGGUUCAGCGCAUCUACGCGGGAAAGUAGCCCCUGUAGCGUUGCGGCGAAGACAGCCCCCUGCGUCCUGCUUCUCGACAUGUAGCGCGCGUCUUCAACCGCUGGCUGGUAGCAGCCAAACAAGUACUCCUUCAUCCCACCGAACAGUAUACACAUCUUCCCUCGAUGAACACGGAGACCCCAAGCCGCGUGAUUUGUUUCAGCCUAUAGACACAUUUCCCCGUCGCCAUAUCGGGCCUUCUCCCGAUGCUGCCAAAGAAAUGCUGGCUACCUUGAACCCUCCAGCUGCGUCGCUAGAUGAAUUCGUCAAGCAGGUGCUCCCCGCAGACAUCCUGUCAAAGAAGAAUCUUGUUGUUAGUCCUCCGAAGAUUGGCGGAGUGUCCGAGCAGCUGUACCGCGACCCCAUUGACGGCGGUCUCGGAGAAAGUGAUAUGCUCAAAUUGUUAGGGGAGUAUCGUAAAUCGAUUAGCACUGCCGGCAAGUCAUUUAUUGGUGGUGGUUACUACCCAACUGUUGUACCGCCAGUCAUUCUGAGAAACAUAUUGGAAAACCCUGCUUGGUAUACUAGUUAUACUCCUUAUCAGCCUGAAAUCAGCCAGGGCCGUUUGGAGUCUUUGCUAAAUUUCCAGACUCUCACGACCGAUCUCACUGGUCUGCCGAUUGCAAAUGCCUCGGUGCUCGAUGAAGCUACAGCUGCCGCUGAAGCCAUGACCAUGUCUCUGGCUACUGCACCAUUGGCUAAGCAGAAGAAAGCGAGCAAGUCUUUCGUUGUUUCGCAUCUUUGCCAUGAACAGACUAUUGCCGUGAUGCGGUCUCGUGCCGAAGGAUUCGGAAUCAACUUGGUUGUCGGAGACAUCAUUGCCGAUGACAGCAAGCUUGUCAAGGAACAAGGCGAUAACCUGAUUGGUGUUCUCGCACAGUACCCGGACACUCAGGGCGGCGUCCUCGAUUUCAGCGCACUGGGAGAGACUGUGCACGGACUGGGAGGAACAUUCUCUGUUGCCACUGAUCUCCUGGCAUUGACGCUCCUUAAAGCUCCCGGCGAGUUCGGUGCUGAUAUUGCUUUUGGUAGUGCCCAGCGCCUCGGUGUUCCAAUGGGCUUUGGUGGACCCCAUGCUGCUUUCUUUGCUUGUGCGGAAAAGUAUAAGCGCAAGAUCCCCGGCCGUCUUGUGGGUGUGUCGAAGGACCGACUGGGCAACCGCGCGCUCAGAUUGGCUCUGCAAACUCGUGAACAACACAUUCGUCGCGAGAAAGCCACAAGUAAUAUUUGCACUGCCCAGGCAUUGCUCGCUAAUAUGAGUGCCAUGUACGCUAUUUAUCAUGGUCCUCAGGGUCUUAAAGUCAUUGCCCAACGUAUUAUGGCCAUGACAGCGUUACUCCGUGAGAAGCUUGUGGGCUUGGGUUAUAGUAUCCCUGUCCCCAGCAACACUUCUGAGCAGGGCAUUUUGUUCGACACUAUCACUGUUGAGCUACCAGACAACCAUUCAGCAAACGCCCUUCUGGCAGCAGGCAGAUCAUCGAAGAUCUACUUCCGUCAGGUUACACCUAACAAAGUUGCCCUGUCUCUUGAUGAGACUGUUGGCAAGAGCGAACUAAGCGAUAUCUUGCAGGUCUUUGCCUCCCAGUCUCAGACCUCAAAUACUGCUGAUAUUUCAGUCGAUACUGCUAUUUCGCCAAUCAGCAUCCCGGCAAACCUGGAACGCACAUCCGCAUAUUUGACACAUCCCGUCUUCAACUCAUACCACUCUGAAACCGAUAUGUUGCGUUACAUUCACCAUCUCGAAUCCAAGGAUCUUUCACUUGCUCACUCUAUGAUUCCUCUCGGGUCUUGCACCAUGAAACUUAACGCCACUACUGAGAUGAUUCCCGUCUCUUGGCCUGAGUUCUCGCAAAUCCAUCCCUUCAUGCCUUCCGAUGCCGUGGCAGGAUAUACUCAACUAAUUGAUGACGUUGAGCAGCAACUCGCCGACAUUACUGGUAUGGCAGAAGUGACUGUCCAGCCAAACUCGGGUGCCCAAGGAGAGUUUGCCGGCUUGCGCCUUAUCAAGUUGUAUCAAGAGUCAGUCUCUGGAGGCCACCGUAACAUUUGUUUGAUUCCUGUAUCAGCACACGGCACGAACCCUGCUAGUGCAGCCAUGGCUGGCAUGAAAGUUGUUCCUAUCAAGUGUGAUACGAAGACCGGAAAUCUUGACAUUGAAGAUCUGAAAGUGAAGUGUGAGAAGCACAAGGAUGAUCUUGCUGCAAUUAUGAUCACCUACCCAAGUACAUUUGGUGUAUUUGAGCCUGGUGUCAAAGAGGUUUGCGAUAUCGUGCACAAGCAUGGCGGUCAAGUGUACAUGGAUGGUGCGAACAUGAACGCGCAGAUCGGAUUGUGUUCUCCCGGCGAAAUCGGUGCAGAUGUAUGCCAUUUGAACUUGCACAAGACCUUUUGUAUUCCCCACGGAGGUGGUGGUCCUGGUGUCGGCCCCAUUGGUGUUGCGGAGCAUCUGCGUCCAUUCCUCCCGUCACAUCCAUCCAGCGAGUAUUUGCAAUCCAAGCGAGUCGAGACUACUGCAUCGUCCCCCAUCAGCGCUGCUCCUUGGGGCAGCGCCAGCCUUCUACCAAUCACUUUCAACUACAUCAAUAUGAUGGGCGGCAAGGGUCUUACUCAUGCCACCAAGAUUACCUUACUCAAUGCCAACUACAUCCUCGCACGCCUCAAGGACUACUACCCAAUCCUAUACACGAACGAAAACGGUCGCUGCGCUCACGAAUUUAUUCUAGACGUCCGCCACUUCAAGGAAACAAGCGGCAUUGAAGCGAUUGACAUCGCUAAGCGACUACAGGACUACGGCUUCCACGCACCCACCAUGUCGUGGCCUGUUGCCAACACCCUCAUGAUCGAGCCCACAGAAUCCGAGAACAAGGCCGAACUAGACCGAUUCUGUGAUGCUCUAAUCUCAAUUCGCCAGGAGAUCGCGGCCGUUGAGAAAGGCGAGCAGCCGCGUGAGGGUAAUGUUCUUAAGAACGCGCCCCAUACCCAACGCGAUCUGUUGGUCAGCGAGUGGGAAAGACCAUAUUCCCGGGAGAAGGCCGCUUACCCAUUGCCCUGGUUGUUAGAAAAGAAGUUCUGGCCAACGGUCACACGAGUUGAUGAUGCGUUCGGUGACCAAAACCUUUUCUGCACCUGCGGUCCGGUUGAAGAUUAUACAGCUUGA